AUGCAACACCAAGGAACACCCUCACGUAUACCAAUCCGCAUCAAGACUGAAGAUGGUGCUCCAAUUGCAGCCAGUCUUGAGAUACCACGACGCCAGACUUUCCGUGUGAGAUCGCCAUCUCGAACUCCAGUCAAAGUCAAGGUCGAAGAAGAUGCUGAAGAAGAUGUAGUACCAGUGAUAGUCAAUAUCGAAACACCGCGACGCUUCCCUUCCUUCUCCGAAUUUCAAGAGGCAUGGUCCCGAUCGCCACUCCGUGUGCCAACUCCACUUGCUCGGGAGUUUUACCGCUGUAUGAUAGUCAGAAGAGAGAGCGAUGAACUUUUGGGAAGUGAGGAUGGCAUACCGCUUCUAUGCCAUGAUUGUGAUCGAUCUGCUGGCAUACACACGAAGAAGCCGCCCACUAAGGCCUCUUGCAAUUUGUGUUCGCCUUCACCACGAUCGGUCGUGAAGUUCAAGGAGGAAGCAGAUCUAUUGUCUGGACGCCACAUUCCUGCAGGAGCGCACAAAGCUGAGACUAUAUCACCAUCCGCCUCCCCGAAAAUCCAACACCAAACUCACCCUGCCACAAACCAGUCAAGGCUAUACCACGAAGCCCGUUUUUCAGGCCGCAACACUGCCACGUCACCUCCAACAUGUCGCCCAGAUACUGAAUUCUCCUACCUGCUGCCCGUCACGCCAACACCGUUCAGCACACCAGAUGCUCCCAUCAACCCCUAUAAUCGCCCGGCACAUCUACAUUGCAUCCCCGGUUCGUUACUUGAGGGAAUGCGUCGACGAACAAGAUGGGGUAGGAGGGAUAUUUGGGACAAGCAGGACGACAAGGAACGACGGAAACGACGGGCAAAGCAUGAGAAACGAGCCAAGCAGCGCAAACAAGCAGACCAGGACAAGCCGGUGAAGCAAGCAGCGCGGAUACCAGCACAAAUACCGCAGUCGCCACCUGCGCGUCUAGCCAAGUACGUCGCUGAGGAUGAGCAUGAGAUCUCUCACGAAACUUCGCACGAAGAAACAGAGUCAGGACAUGAACAAACCUGUGCAUGGUACAAAGUCCCCUUCUGCAAAUGCUGUGCAUGUAUCAUGGUCGUCAGAACAAAGCUUCUACGUAGCGUUUUCAUUCCGUCGCUAGUCGUUGUUCCUCGUCCUUGUCGAACCACAUCCAUGAUACCAAAACCAAAGGGGUGA